GAAGGUAGAUCUCAAGGAACACGGUUGAGCAGCCCUGCCCUAAACCUUGUGGGAAGCCUUCCCAAAAGAGUUGAAGUUAAAGCUGCAAAGAGUGAUAAUAAACCAGGGAUCAAGAUUGGGAGGUAAUUAAGUUGUUAACUCGCCAAAAAAUGAGCAUUCCGUCAUUGAUAACUAACCAUCAUGUUGUUUCAAACCCCUCAUACCUCUGUUCAAUUUCAGAACACAAAGGUUAAAAGGUUUUUGAAUGAAAUCUCAGAGCUCUCUGAGCCUCCAUAGAUGGCAAGAGAAGCAAGACAUCAAAGUUCAGAAAGAUACCGAAACAUCCCGAAAACAGUCGGACUUUUAAGUUUAUAUGCAUGUAAAGGCAGAAGAAGUAUUUGGGAAAUUACAUUAGCAGUUGACAUGAAUAUAAAUAUUGAAUAUUUUACUCCAGACAUAUACCUAUUAUUGGCAAAUCUUCUUGUAAAUGAACAACAAACAUGUUGAGAGCUAUUUAGCCAGCAGUUGAUGUCUAACUUAUAUAGUGUUUUGCAGUUCAUGUCAUUAGACACCAGGAGGCAGUGCAAAUUUUAUUUAUUUUAUUUUUUUGCUUUUAAUGUCUGAUGGUUGUGUCCGCAGCUCAGUCUAAUUGAAUCCGAUUUCAUAGAUCCGCCCUUAUAAUCCUCAUUAAAGACUUUGAUGAGUGGAAGUGCACGCCAUAAUGAAAUUUAUGCAUAUCUGCUUAAGCAAUGAUUCACAUUAGCAUUUUAAUUACAUGCAGAACUUGAUGUGGCAGAUGUUGUUUUGUUGGGCUGGGAUUGUUCCGAUGAUGCCCUUUUAAUAGGCACAGUGUUGGACACAUGGCAUGGUUGUCCUUGACCUGUCUCCAGUAUAGUGCCUAUCCCAUCUCUGAUGUGUCCCGCCCCCAUUCUGAGCAGGACCACCUCUCUAAACUCAUCUCAGCCUCUCGUUAAGGGAGCCAGUGGAGCGGAUUACUGCCCUGAAUGUAACUAAAAGACAGAUGUAUGAGAGGAAAUACCACAGGAGGGAUACCAUCAGUGGGAUUUUGAUUUUGACUGAAUGACAAUUUGGAUUUGAAUCAUACAGGAUAUUCCUUGAUGAACUUGAUGGAUGAUAUUGUGCGUGCUGGUCCAGCUCCUGUACCUUUGGAAACUAGCUGAGAUUCAUCUUCAAGCAUUGUGACAAAUGUAGCUAAAUCAGUUGUGACUUGAAGAUGUGAGUAUCUUGACAGAAUGUUUGAAAGAAACCAGUGCACGUUCCUGUUUAUUAUUCAACCCUAGAGAUGCUUACAGAUGAGAUGUUGUAUGGAAAGUAGUUCGCUGUUCUGAAGGUGCCUCUGUAAAGAUAAAUCAUGUUACUUCAGAAGGUGAAGAUGAAGUGACAGCUGUGACUUUUCUUGGUCAACAUGGCUACUGAAGAAGAGGAGAACUCUGGACAACCUCUGUGGCAGUCUGUGCUACUGUUUGGAUGUAAGGGAAUGAUCGAAGGAAUCAUUGUCCUCUUGUUUUUCUGGCUUCUGGUUCAGGUGCUCUUCACAAAGCAACUUGAAGUCCACCUGCAGAUUCUGCUGAGUGUUGGUUUGGUGGUCCUGUGUUGUUCUCUUUUCCUGGGCUGCAUCAUUUGUUGGUUAAAGACCAGAGAGAAACCACCUGAAAACAAAAAGGCUGUGAGGACAUCCCGUCCCCCUGAUUCUGUUGAUGAAGUAACUGUCUCAUUGAGUCCCUCUCCUUCAUCUGGAACCACAUUUACCAAAUUGCAGUAUGAGGAGCUGGAUGGAGAGGUUCUAGACUAUCCAUGUACUUUCGAGAGCUCUACGCCAUCAGAUGAAGAAUUCACUGUUUUCUCAGAGGUUAACAAGCAGAAGUCUUGCUUCCAAAUGAGACGGCUCAGUUCUCCAACAGUUGCCACAUCUCUCUACAAGCCCAUGAGCAGAGGCCGAUCUUCUCUCCCCUCUUUACCAAGACUUGGUCUUCUUUCGAAAACACGGAAGGUUGUGGAACGGCACUGCGCUGUGACUGGGGAUAAUUACUCAUUCAGUGAGCAUAGAAGGCUUACUACCGCCAACCCACGAUCACCCUGCACUCUUUCUCCACUUCAGACACAAGGCCUACUUCAGGAAGAACCUUUAUUUUCUAACUAUGGUUCGAAUGUUUACAGCAAGACUUCAGAUCCCUUUAUGCACUUCACCCUGACUUUCUCUUCAAUGCAGAACACACUCACUAUAUCCUCAGUCAGUAUAACCGGUGUCGUUCACUGCCUAGAAGAAAUGAUCAUCCAGAUCAGACUACCCCCACUUUGCCCUGGACCUCUGACUUUAUCUGACCAAGAUUACAACCUUAGCUCUGGACUCUAUAAAACGUUGGUGGUCAGUGUCGGAUCUCUAGAAGGGCUUAAGAGUUGCAUACUCAGACUAGCAGUCUGCAAACAGAAUAAUCCAAAGACAUUUCUAUUUGAGGAACUGGAAGUCUGCUGCAGUCGUUUAGACUGGACACUGGACAGGCCUGUCAACUGUGUUAGAGAAUUAAGGCCAGUUGUGGACAAUACCAAGAGGGUCACUUCAUAACACUUGCUACAAAGCUAGAAUGUUUUAAAUAUCAAUACAGCCAUCUGAAAUGCCUACAUAUAUAAUUUUUUCAGAUAACAAAAAUGGCUUAUUUUUUUAUUUAGCAAAGUCCACCUUAACUGGAAAGGAACAUGGAUGUUCCUUAAAGUCACUUGCUCAGCUCCUAAACUUGAUGAAGAACCAGACUCUGGUCCAUUAGCUUAAAAUAUGCUAACACUGCUGUCUUGCCAAUAAGACCCCAGGUGAAACACAUUGUAUUUAACUUCUUAAAAAGGGUAUCCUUAAGCUGACAUUUCGACAGUUGGCUGUACAAGUUUCAACCCUGGAGAGCCAGUGUCCUACUGAGUUCAUCUCUUACCCUAAAACAUUUGUUCUACCUGAUUAAGUGUAGAGAACAGUUCUGAAAUGACAGAAAAAAAAGAUCAAAUUGGAACUAGUCCAUAAGUCAUCUGCAAAUCACUGACCCAUAAGAACUGGGUUGAAGACUUCUGCCUUUAAAUUCUAUACCCUGUGCUUUGGGAAGGCUCCCACCCACACCUAAACCGUAAAUCAAAAUGUUCAGUAACUGAAUUCUCCUGAAGGGAAGACUUCCAGGAGCAGGGAUGGUUAUACUUCCAGACUCUUACAAGAUGUUCCACCCCAAAUGUGGAAGGUAUCACGCAAGCCUGAAUAUAUCAUCAUUGUGCCCUUCCACUGAGGCUGAACUUGUGCAGACAUCACAGAAGACUUCUACCUGGCAGUCUCUGAGGAAUCACAUAAGCAAAUUGUGAAUUUGGAAGACAACUCCGAGAGAUGAUGAGGGUCAUUGACAGAAUUACAUUUUUCUGUUUGGGUGGUACUGAAAAAAUGGCAAGGUAAUCAUAUCUGAAGCAGUGUUUGGGUCAUGACUUUUUGUAAUAGACUUACGUGGGAUGAAUUUAUUCUGUGACUGAUUUCCAAAAACAUUUCACAUUAAAAAAGUCACUUUAAUUCUUAAUCUCCUCUUCAAGCCACCUAACACAUUACUAUCCUUUUCCAGUGAUAUAUUCUGCAUUACCAAAACUCUGCACACAAAAAAUGACCAAAGCUUCAAAUGUCAAAAGAUGCCGUAUUGUCCUCAUAUAAUGCAAAAUAGUUCCCAGAAAAUAGUUUUAUGACCUGAAAGUGCAGAAAAGCAUUGCAUCACAAAUCCCCCCUAUCAGAUAAAUGAAUACAUUUGUCAUGAUAUGAAAGCACGACAACCACCAAUAUAUAUACGGCAGGUUUGGCUUACAUGGCUGUUAUGUAAAACCUAGAGGAUUUAUCCAUCAUAAACUAAGCCUAAAUGUUUGCUUUUAAUGUUCAGGAUUAAACACUUGUCUUACGAGAGCCAAGAUCCAUGAGAGAUCAGCCUAUUUUAAUGACAUUGUAGUUUAAUCCCCCGUCCUCUUCAAUCCUUCAGGCGACAGUCCGAUCCCUUUCGUUUCAGGCAUGCUCUGACCUCUGCGUUUGGAGUCCACGAGGUCAUGUACUUGUGUAGCAUUUAUUCCCAUGAUAACCCUUACAGUCUCAUUGUAUGACAUUUGCAGUAUAAUAAAGCAAUUGUUCACCCCAAAUUGAAAACGAUGCCAUGAUUUAUUUAUGCUCAAGCUAUGCCAGGUGUUUGCAGUUUUUUUAUUCCAGAUGAACAAAAUAAGAGUUAAAUAAUAUUCUAGAGGAGUGACACAGUGGCUCAGUGGUUAGCACGGCCGCCUCACAGCAAGAAGGUCGCUGGUUCAAGACCCAGCUGGGUCAGUUGGCAUUUUUGUUUGGAGUUUGCAUGGUUUCCGUGUUCGUGUAGGUUUCCUCCGGGUGUUCCUGUUUCCUUACGUGCUUGAAUAAUUGUGUAUGGAUGUUUCCCUGUACUGGGUUCCACUGUGUAAAACAUAUGCUGUUUAAGUUGGCGGUUCAUUCAGCUGUGGCGACCCCUAAUGAAUAAAGGGACGAAGCCGUAGGAAAAUGAAUGAAUGAAUAAUAUUCUGGAUCCUCCCAAAUUUGUAACGUUUUAUGAAUCUCCAAAAUUCAAUUCAUCAUAAAAGAUGGCCCUAUAUGACUCGAACCCUAUGAAUAUCUUUGUAGGCAAAGCAAACGGUUUGUGCAUGAAACUCGUAUCUAAAUUUCUGUGAAAGCAAACUGGAAUUUUAUUUGGAAUUGGAGUCUAUAUAGACUUAAGGCUAGUAUUUUUAAGCAAGUGUGUUCACAUUUAGAUUGCGUAAGGCUGCAAAACAUACAGUCUUUCUCAUCAUGGGGUUUAUUCUGCUAAACCCUAAAGUCUGGAUUGAUUAACCCUAAACCUGCUUACUCAAAAUAUGUCCAUUCCAAAAUCCCUCCUGGGGAAGUAAAUGAAUUAACUCAGAGUAUGUUAACACUGGUCACAAAAGACGAGGUUAUUGGUUGCAUAUAACUUAUCUAGGUAUGUCAUAACCUGCUUUCUGGAAUACCCUCAGAUCUUGACCAAACAAAUUCUUUCUAGAAUUUAACCCCCCCCCC